AUGAAGCAGAUCGCUGAGGCAUACAUUGGAUCCACGGUGAUCAGCGAUACUGUUAUAACCGUUCCAGCAUAUUUCAAUAACAUGCAACGCCAGACUACCAUGGAUGCUGGAGAGAUUGCGGGAAUCAACGUCUUGCGUAUCAUUAGCGAACCAGCAGCCGCUGCUAUUGCUUACGGUCUCAACAACAUUUGUUCCAGUACUGGCAUCGCAAAGGAGAGGAAUGUUCUUAUUUUUGACCUAGAAGGUGGUGAAUUUAAGAGGAAACACAAGAACGAUGUGAGUGGGAAUCCUAAAGCGUUAAGGAGACUGAGAAUAGCUUGCGAGAAGACUAAGCGGAUGCUCUCUUCUUCCGGUCAGACAAGAAUCGAGAUUAAUUCCUUAUUCCAAGGUAUUUACUUCUCAGAAACUGUCACCAGGCCUAAGUUUGAGGAGUUGAAGUCGGAUCUAUUCAUCCGGAGCAUCAACCCGGAUGAAGCUGUGGCUUUCGGCGCAGCUGUUGAAGCCGCGAUCUUGACCGGCCGGGGGCAACAACAAGGUUCAACACCUAAAGCUGGUGGAAGUUACGCCGUUAUCUCUAGGUGUCGAAUUCGUAGGAGAAGCCAUGAAGGUUGUGAUUCCAAGGAAUCUCCCAUUCCUGUGCGAGCCAAAACAUGGAUGACUACUAUUUCAGACUAUGAAACCUCCUUGUUGAUCAAAGUUUUCAAAGGCGAAAGAGCUAAAACAAGUGACAACAACUUGUUGGGUGAAUUCGUGCUGAAUGGUAUUCAACUUGCUCCCUUAGGAGUUCCUAAAAUCAAAAUCCGCUUUGAGUUGGACGCCUGCGGGGUUUUAAAGGUUUCCGCGAAUGAUGUAGUUACACGUGCAGGAAAGAGGAUUAGUGUCACAAGUGGAAGGUUGCCAAGAGUUGAAAUUGAGAGGAUGAUAGAAGAAGCAAACAGGUUUAAAGCGCAGGACGAAAUGCAUAGGAAGAAGUAUGAAGCAUGGUUGGCCUUGGAGAAAUAUGUUUGUGAGUUGAGGGAAAACAUCGCAUCGUUUACGCAGAAACGGAAGGCUGAAAUCAAAAUCAAGGCGACCUUACUAUGGUUACAAGUCAAUUCGUAUGAGCUUGCGGAAGUUAGUGAAUAUGAAGAGAAGAUGAAGGAAUUGCUGGCUCUCUUCUAG